UAAACUCCAUCACAAUCACUGAUCAUUAGCAGCAUCGGUAUCAGUUCAUUUAGGUGCAGACUGCAGCAGCAGCAGCAGCCAUGGCGUCCAAAGCCUCAGCAUCAGUUGCCCUCUUCCUCACUCUCAAUCUCCUCUUCUUCGCGCUCACCAGUGCUUGUGACACCGGUUGCCCCAAACCCACCCCGAGCCCUUCCCACGGCAAGUGCCCCGUCGACGCCCUCAAGCUCUCCGCCUGCGGCAACGUGCUUAACGGCCUGAUCAAGUUCGGGGUGGGCAAGUUUCCGAAGCAGCCGUGCGAGUGCUGCACGCUGCUCGACGGCCUCGUCGACCUCGAGGCAGCUGUGUGCCUUUGCACUGCUCUCAAGGCCAACGUCCUCGGUGUCCAUCUCAACCUCCCCAUCAACCUCAGCCUCCUCCUCAACUACUGCGGCAAGAAGGCCCCCGCUGAGUUCCAGUGCCCUUGAUCUCCAUCGUCGAACCCCUUUCCCGUGUUGUGCUACGUACCUUCAUGUUCUUUACUUGAUUGGGUUCUUCCUCGAUUUGCUUUCGAUGUGGAGCAGCAGGACGAGAGUGUGAGUGAAGUCUGACAAGGUGUUGGUGUGCAGUACUGUUCUUGAACCUUGCUGCAAUGUACCAGUUAUUCUUUCUUAAUUCAAAGCUUGUUGAAUUGUGUGAGA